AUUUGAUAAAAGCUUCAGCUCCAAAGAAAUUACUCCGACGGUACAGUCAUAAUUUUUUUUUUUUAAAAAAGCCUAUUAAGGAAGAAAUCUCUGUGUUAGUUUUCUCUCUUAUUUCACCAUUCAUCUGUGUCUUGUACAGUUGGCCAUCUUCGUGGCACAUGAGGUGAAUCAUGAAAUCGUGUACCAAGUACACAAUUUUCUUAAAUACCAAACUACCCCAAAUUUAUCAAUAGUUUUCGAGUGAAUCUUAAAUCACAAAUUUAUUUUCUGAACAACAUUGUUUUUAAAAAAAAAAAAAAAAAAUCACCACUGCCAUUUUUUUUACCUUUUUUUUAGGGUUUAAAAAAAAAAAAAAAAAAGAAAUCACAUUAUUCUUGGAAUUAAGCCCCUUUAGCAUCCAUACAAAUUAAAGCUUUUUUUCUUGUUUUGAUUGAAGAAAUACGUAUAAACUUCCACCAACAAACAAAAGAAAAUGACCAUUCACAUGAGGUAGGCAACAAGCCAAGUUUCAUUUCUCUAUUCUCUUUACUCUCUCUCUCUCCUUAUUAAGUAAUCAGUUAUAGCCAUGAAAAUGAGAUGAAGGCAAGGAAGAUAAAAGGAGAAGAAAACAAAUCAUGCACAAAAUGAAAGAGACAUUCUUUCUGGUACUCUCUACUCAGCCCGUUUGGCUUCUCAUCCUCUCCUUGCUUGGUUUCUUCACCAUUCUCCGGCACUCCAGCACUGUUGUCCAAUGGGUCUUCCGAGCCUUUCUCAGACCCUCCAAGGAUCUGAGGUACUAUGGCUCUUGGGGAGUAAUCACCGGUGCCACUGACGGCAUUGGAAAGUCGUUUGCCUAUCAGCUGGCCAGAGCCGGGCUCAACGUUAUACUGGUGAGCAGAAGCUCCACCAAACUUAAGGCAGUUUCUAAGGAUAUCCAAUCCGAGUUUCCUGAUACAAAGGUAAAGAUCAUUGAAUUGGACUUUACAGACGACGAUAUUAGUGCUGGUAUUGCAGAGAUUAAGGAGGUGAUUGAAGAUUUGGACGUCGGGAUUCUAAUAAACAACGUGGGGAUUACAUAUCCAAACGCCAGCUUUUUCCAUGAAGUGGAUGAGAAAGUUUGGAUGAAUGUUUUUAAAGUGAAUGUGAAGGGUACUACUUGGGUUACCAAAGCUGUUUUGCCGAAGAUGAUUAAGAAGAACAAAGGUGCUAUUGUGAAUAUUGGCUCUGGAGCUGCUGUUAUUGUUCCUUCUCAUCCGCUCUAUGCAAUCUAUGCUGCUACAAAAGCGUAUGUAGACCAACUCUCAAGAUCUCUACACGUGGAAUACAAAGAUUGGGGAAUUGAUGUGCAAUGUCAGGUGCCAUUGUAUGUGGCAACCGAAAUGGCGUCGAGAGUGGCGUCGGUGAGUAGAGCGUCGCUGUUCAUUCCAUCGGCUGAUGACUACGUGAAAGCUUCAAUUCGCAGAAUUGGAUACGAGCCACGGUGCACCCCUUACUGGGCUCACUCGCUCCAAUGGUGUUUCGCUUGCCUGCUUCCCGAGGCGACGCUUGACGCCUGGCGGUUGUCCAUUGGCUUGCAGAGGAGGGGAUCCGACGCCAUGAAAGGGAUUGAAGAUUGCAAACAAGAUUGAAGGACUUGGAGAAAAAGCAAUUCUGUGAAGGUUACUAUUGUAUUACAAUUUACAAUUUACAACAUGAUAUGAUGAAAUAGUAAAUGUAUUAUCAUACUCAUUGAUUUGAUGAGUUGUUCAAUAAGGUGAUAUGAUAUGGUCUUCUUGUUAUUUUUAUUA